UAGCAUUUUUGACAGAUUGCGGGAAAUAUGUGUUCUACAUUUUGACCCCUCAAUCGUUUUACGUUCAUAUGUAACUUGAGUGUGUAAUGAACUGGCUUGAACAUGUCUGCAGCCAAGAGAGACUUCGGUUCAUUUCAUUCAUCGAAUGUACAAGAACUACUGAAUUUAUCUGAAGAGGAGUACACGCCCCCAGAGCUCCCCUUCAGAUGUGAAUCUAUUGAUGUGUACAAAACACAACCACUAACAUUUGGUAAAAAUGUCAGAAAGAAGCACUUUUUGCUUGAGGAUGACUGUGUGUUUCUGAACCAUGGGGCAUUUGGAGGUGUUUUGAAGGAAGCCUUACAAACUGCUCAGAAAUAUCAGGAAUGGACUGAGAAGCAGCCCUUGCGAUUCUAUGACAGAGAACUGCUGCCACGUCUUGUCCAUGUCACAAGGAGGCUUGCGAAGUUUGUAGGUUGUGAUGCGAGAGACAUUGUCCUGAUUGAAAAUGCAACCACAGCCCUGAACACUGUCCUGCAGAAUGUUCCUUUAACAAAGGGUGACAAGAUAUUCUGCCUUAGUGUUACCUAUGGUGCGGUGAAGAAGAUGUUGUCAUGGCGCUGUGAGCAGACAGGGGCAGAGCUCUGUCAGGCUGUCAUAGAGUUUCCUUUACAGGAUGACCAGCAGAUUAUUGACUUGGUGUCAUCUAGCCUAUCGGAGGGUACUAGGCUGGCAGUAUUUGACCACAUACCAAGUAACACGCCCUUCAUACUGCCACUGAAGCAGAUCAUAGACAUCUGCCAUGCAAGAAACAUUCCAGUACUGGUUGACGGUGCUCAUGCCCUUGGUUCUCUCCCUUUGGAUAUUACCUCCCUUGGUGCAGACUACUAUGUGACAAAUGCCCACAAAUGGCUGUGUGCUCCAAAAGGGGCAGCACUCUUGUAUGUGAAGAGGGAACUACAGAGCAGAACAAGGCCACUGAUUAUCUCCCAUGGCUUUGGAUCAGGGUUCAACUCUGAGUUUAUCUGGGCAGGUCUCCAUGACUACAGCCCGUUUCUUGCCUUGCACACGGUUCUCGAUUUCUGGGAGUCCAUAGGGCCUGGAACCAUCCAACAGUAUAUGCAUGGACGUUGUAGACAGGCUGGACAAAUGUUGAAAAACAGUUGGAAAACAUAUCUGGCGGCUCCUGAGCACAUGUUUGGAUCCAUGUCCCUUGUUGCAUUGCCAGAGGACCUCUACAGUCACUGUGACACAGUGGACUACUUGGCAGCAGAGGCCGUACAGAACCAGCUGUACCAUCAGUAUAACAUAGAGGUCCCCAUCAAGUGUGUCCAGGGGAAGUUGUAUGCGAGAAUCUCAGCCCACAUCUACAAUGAGAUGGCAGAAUACGAAAUACUCAGAGACGCUAUCCUUGAAAUGACUGUCAGUGAUAAACUAAUGUGUCGACAAGAUGAAAUGCAUAAACAUUCAACAUGAGGAGGACAACACAUUUUUAUGCCUACAUUGUUGGUUAAAGGGGCCUUUUCAUGUUUUGAUAAAUUGACAAAAUAAAAAAAAUUGUUUCAGA